GGUUUGAAUCCCAUUGCAAAAACCCAUGAUCGUACCCACUUGAACCUGCGUUUGCCAAGUAGCCACCCUGCAUGAAGAAGCGUGAGGGGUUCACGUUCUUCGGGGCAUUGCCCACGUGCAAGAUCGUACUCCAUUACCAGACCCCAGCGCACAUGCCAGUCGCAGAGUCCAAGCUCGAUUGACACAUAGCACCGUGGCCAUGUCUUUAGACACUCAUCCUGUCAUAUUUGGCGCCGGGACCGCCUGGUACAAAAGCCCGGACGAUGACGGCACUACAAUUCACCAGCCGACUGUCGACGCCAUCAAAGCCGCAAUUGAUGUUGGGUAUCGGACACUGGAUGGAGCCCAAGCCUACGGUACAGAGAGGGAACUCGGCAUCGCGAUGGUUGAGUCCGGGAUCCCGCGAGCAUCGUUUCGAUUGAGUACCAAGGCGAAAAGUACGUCCAACGUUGAGAAAGCCUUGGAGGAGAGUAUUGUGAACCUCCAGACGGACUUUGUUGACCUAUAUCUCAUCCAUUCUCCAUUCCCGGCCUCAACAGACGUCGAGCUCCAGGAUGCCUGGCGCGAAAUGGAGCGCUGCAAGCAGCGAGGCCUGGCCAGGGACAUUGGUGUGUCAAAUUUCUCCAUCAAGAACAUGUCGACAAUCUUGGAGGUCGCCACGAUCAAGCCGUCGGUCAAUCAGAUCGAGAUGCAUCCGCGCUUGUAUCAGCCCGAGCUUUAUGAUUUCCUGAGACGGGAGAACAUUGCUAUCCAAGGGUUCUCCUCGCUGGCGCCAUUGAGAGCCGAGUCGGGCAAUGAGACGCGUGUGCUCACCACCCAAUUGGCAGCCAAGUAUAAUGUCGACGAGAUGGCCAUCUUGAUGCGCUGGGUAAUUGAUCAAGGGGCGGCGGUGGUGACGACAAGCUCGAAGAGGGAGCGAAUGGCGACCACUUUUUCGCAAGUUCGGUCAUUCAAAUUGACGGAUGAGGAGGUGGCACAGCUGACGGCCACAGGGAAGGGCAGAUGGUUCCGCGGCUUUUUUGCCGAUGAGUUCAAGGUGGCAGAGGCCAACUCUUGAGGUUGUUUGCUGGUACGAGGGGUAGGCGUGAAGUUUUUCAUCAUCUCUUGUUGAAGUUAACAUUGCCGUUUGUUAGGCACUGGAGACCGCUUUGUUCGCUUGUUACCGUGCUGUGAU